CCGGGUCGUCCUCCAGUGCCGCACUGUCGGGCUGGGAGUCCUCCACGAUCAGGCACGGGUUCUCUGCAUGGGGCAGACUCGAAUCCAGGUCACUUCCGCUAGGAUCCAUCGGGUUAUGGCAUGCAAGGACAGCAGAAAAACCAAACCUACAUCCGGACCACCCUGACUUUGCCCCAUCCCUCUUCCUUCGCCCAGAGGACGAUGCCUUGAGUCCGAACACAGCUCAGACAGAAGGGAAAAGAAACCUGCAGAGCUAUGACAGGGCAGUGAAGAAGAAGAAGUGCCUUGACCUUAGUGAGGUUGGAGGUGCUGACCUGAGGGACAGUUAUGCUGACACCACAGAAGAAACUGAAGAGCAGGACCUGGGCACCUGUGUAUCGUGUGAGGUCCUGAGGAAGUCCUUAAAUGAUUUGCAGUCCAGGCAUGAUGCUCUGCAAGUCGAAGCUGUCAAUCUCAGGGCGGAGAGAGACUUUUACAAAGAUAACACAUCUCAAUCCUCUCUCUUUGCUGACACCUUUACAGACAGAGACAAUCUAAUGCAUACCGUGAGAGAAGUGCCAAGCAUGGCUAAACCAAAUGGUAUGAACCAACAAUGUACUGGGAUGGUUGAGGAGCCAUGUCUUAUGGAGGUUGAGGGGUCAUGUUCUGUGAAGGUUGAGGAGCUUUGUCCUGUGAAGGUUGAGGGAGACUAUGAUCAAGUGUUGAUUAAGGAAGAGGAACAACAGGUCCAAAUAGAACUUUGUAGCCCGUUGGCUAGUCAGGACAAAGUGACCCAUGUCUCCCAGGAUAAACCUACCCAGCAUAGCAACAUUAUGAAGGCCACCAGGCGACCAUGUCUGUUAGCUCAGCAUAAACCCAUCUAGAUAGUCAACACAAUGUCACUCACCGGGGUGGUAGCCCCCAGGCCCCCAAGUCAGGUAGCCAAGGAUAAACCCAUCCAGCUUGCCAAAACCAACGACCAAUGUUCUGUGAAGGUUGAGGAGUCAUGUUCUGUGAAAGUUGAGGUGGACUAUGAUCAAAUGUCGAUUAAGGAAGCAGAGCAACAGGUCCAAAUAGAAAUCUGUAGCCCCUUGGCUAGUCAAGACAAAGUGACCAAUGUCUCUCGCAGGUUGCCAAUUCAUGUCCCCAAGGAUAAAACUAUCCAGCUUGCCAAAGCCGUAGUAGAAAGCCACCUAAUGACGAACCAUCUGCCUGGCAGCCCAACCACUGCUGAGCCUUUGCAGAAGACUCCUCUGUCAGCUCAAAGGACACCUGUUGCAGGCAAACAAAUUCAGAGAAGCAUAACACACACAGAGAGGGAUGAGUUGCUUUGGCUGGGCUACAUGAAGUGGAAUGUGCGUCUUCCUGCAAGCACAAUUAGAACCACACACAAGUUUCAGACGCCUAGGGCAACAGUGCAAUACCUUCUACACGCGGUCUUCUCCCAAUGUGAACUCGCCACCAGCAAUCUCAAGGGCAUCCCUGCACUGGGCCUUAACAAACUGGACCCGGACAAACUUUCUGCCAUAAGACAGUUUGUCACCACCAAGUUUCGCCGUUUAGACAUGCGUCAAUGUGGUAAAGACUGGGUCAAGUGCCGGCGCCAGAUAACCAGCAUGCUCAGGAACAUUCGGAAGGAGGACAGGAAGACGAGGGGGCUCUCAGGAAACCUUUGUAUGAUAGAGAAGGUGUUAACGGAUCAGAGUUUACCCAGUCAGCCAUCGCCUCCCUCAUUCCCCUCGAUCUCCCAACAGCACACAGCUGCCUUCUACAACCCAAUAGAAGAAGAAGAGAUCCUCUGUCUGGAGAGUUAGGUUACACAAUAUCUGUAAUGAUGUUUGCAUUUUCUUGUAAUAAACAGUUUGUUGGGAGUAAAAAAUAUAAUAUGACUGACAAUGUAUAUUUGAACUUUGGUUGAUGUAUCGGCUACAUGUGGUAGAGUGGAGCUUUGAAGGAGUGAUGUGUGGAUACUGGACACUGGGUUAGGUUAGGGUUAGUCACAGGCUGUGUUCAAUAGCAGUUGUAUAGAUGGGGUGAGCUGCCCCCAGAAUAUGAAGUGCUUGAGACACUGGUAAAAAACCUAAAUGCAAUCCAUCAUUAUAACAUGGCACUCCAAUCAGACCUGUCGGUGGCUAUGAAAUGGCCUCUUUUUCCUCAUCUCCUUCCUGCUGGCUCUCCCCAUUAUGAGCACGUUAGAAGUGAAUUCCUGCUGGCUCUCCCCAUUAUGAGCACGUUAGAAGUGAAUUCCUGCUGGCUCUCCCCAUUAUGAGCACAUUAGAAGUGAAUUCCUGCUGGCUCUCCCUAUUAUGAGCACGUUAGAAGUGAAUUCCUGCUGUCUCCCCAUUAUGAGCACGUUAGAAUUGAAUUCCUGCUGUCUCUCCCCAUUAUGAGCAUGUUAGAAGUGAAUUCCUGCUGGCUCUCCCCAUUAUGAGCACGUUAGAAGUAAAUUCCUGCUGGCUCUCCCCAUUAUGAGCAUGUUAGAAGUGAAAGCAAAGGUGGAUAGUCUUUCCAUAAGGGAGCUGAGUGAAAUAACUCAUACACACAUUUUGAGCAUAAUAUACUAGGUAUAUAAUCUGUACAUAGAUGAAUUAUUUUAUUUCAAGUUAUUUUAACAGGAUUCCUGUAUGCCUGGAGUUCAUUCCCUCAGCCAGUUUUUAGGGUAAAGAUUGCCAACGUUUGCAGCUGGUGGCACCAUGGCAGCCCUGGCUAUGUAAACAAAAUAAAUGUGGGGAUUGCUGUCUCGUCUA